AUGCUCUUCCAGCCUGUUCCCAAGGACCCUGGUGAGACCGCCAGGAUGGAGCUGGGCCCCACAACAGAGACCUUUGUGUUGCAGCUGCAAUGUCUUGAGGAUGGGGGUCCAGGGCCUGACACCCUCUCAGGUGGCAGUGGUGGGAGCGAGAACCAGGAGGAGGAAGAGGCUCAGGAGGUGAGCAGCAGCCCGCAGCCGCCAGCACUCGCAGCCCCAGUAGGGGCCAGUAACAGCAUUGGGGCAGUGCAGCCGGGACAACAGGACUUGCAUCUGCAGCAGUUAGAGCAGCAGCAAGAGCUGGAACAGCAGCUGCAGCACAAGCAGUUACAAGAGCAGCAACCCCAGCAUCAACUGUUAGGACCUCAACCAGAAUUGCGGCGGCAGCAAGAUGGGCAGCAGUAGCUGUCUCAGUAAAAGCUACAGGAAAACCUCCAGUCCAAGCAUCAUCAGGAACCAAAACCACAGCUGCAGCUGGUGCAGCAGCAGCAGCAGCAGUGAAUGACUAUGAAGCCCCAAGGCCAAAAGCAACAGCUGUUGCUACAGCAGCAAGAACGGCUGCAGCAGCAGCAGCAAGUACAAGAACAACUUAUGCAGCAGCAUGAGCAAGAGCUAUUGCAGCAGCAAGUAGAAGAACAGGCUUUGCUGCAGCAGCAGCCUUUACAGCAGCCAAUGCAAGAGCAACAACAGUCACAGCAGCAGCUUCUCCAACAGCAGCAACUACUGCAACAACAUGAACAAUUGCUGCUGCAGCAGUUGCAAGAACAAGCAUUGCAACAGCAAUUACAAGGGCAACAGCUGUUGCAGCAGCAUCAACAGGAGCAGUUACAGCAGCAGCUGCUGCUCCAACAACAGGAACUGUUGCAACAGCAGGGACAAUUGCAACAGCAACAGUUGCAGCAGCAGAUACUGUUGCUGCAGCCACAGGGACAUAUAGAGCAGCUGUUGCUGCAGCAGCAGGCACAGUUGCAGCAACAGCUGUUGCAGCAGCAGCAGGUCCAGAUACAGCACCAACUAUUGCUGCAGCAAGAACAGUUGCAGCAGCAACAGUUGUUGCAACAGCAGCAGCUGCAGCCUCCUCCACUGGAGCCAGAGGAGGAAGAAGAUGUGGAACUGGAGAUUAUGCCACUGGGCAUAAGGUCAGAACAGGAGCUGGAGCAGCAGCAGCAGGAGUUGGAGAGGCUGCAAGAACAACGACAGCUGAAGCUAAAACUGCAGGAGCAACUGCAUCAGCUGGAGCAGCACCUGAAGCAGCAGUAUCAGCUGGAGCAGCUGCAGCAGCUGGAGCAACAGGAGGUACACUUGGAGCUGGCCCCGGUGGAAGUGAGUGCCCAGCAUCAGGAGCUGCAGCUGCAGCUGACCGCUGUGCAGCCCGAGCUGCAGCUGGAGCUGGUUCCCACUCCCGGAGGUGGCAUAGCAUCAGCUCCAGUCUCCUACGUGGUGGCCCCUCCAGGCUAUGUGGUGCUGCAAGAGCUCAUGGUACUGCCCACUGUGGCCACAUCCACUAUGGUGACCAUCGCGGGCCCCACAGGGAGUGAGGCUCUGACGCCCACAAAACAGCGCAAGAAGAGGCGAGGCAGGGACAGGCCGACCAUCUGCGGGGAGUGUGGCAGAGGUUUCAGCCGCAGCACCGACUUAGUGCGACACCAGGCCACGCACACUGGGGAGAGGCCGCAUCUCUGCAGCGAGUGCGGCAAGGGCUUUUCGCAACAUUCUAACCUGGUGAUCCACCAGCGCAUCCACACCGGCGAGAAGCCCUACGCCUGCACCUACUGCUCCAAGUGCUUCUGCGAGAGCUCGGCGCUUGUGCAGCAUCAGCGCACCCAUACCGGCGAGCGGCCUUACGUCUGCGGCGACUGCGGCAAGUGCUUCAGCGUCUCCUCCAACCUGCUGCGCCACCGCCGUACCCACUCGGUUGAGCGGCUCCACGCGUGCGAGGACUGCGGCGAGCGCUUCCGGCACAAGGUGCAGAUCCGCAAACACGAGCGACUGCAGCACGGAUUAGGCCGUUCCAGAGGUCUGGGCCUGCAGCGCUCCUCCAGGCAAGCGCCCUCAGGAGUCUCCACAAGGGCCAAAAAGGCUUCUGCAUCUGGGAAGCCCUGA